ACAGACUUUCUCCGUAGAAGAAUCAGCGAGAUGAAGAGCAGCGCCAACCCGGCACCAUGCGCUCCAGGCUCCCACGGACCGCCUGCCUAUUGCGACUCAUUGCACUCUGCGUCCUUCUCUCGCACACUGCAGCUUAUUUUGGGCUGACAGGUCGGGAACCCUUGGUGUUUUUACCGGGUCCUUUUUCCAGUGAACCCCCGACAGGCAAGGCCCACCUGAAGCAGUGCGAGCAGAUGACUCUGACCAGGCGGCAGAAGAGACUCUGUCGCAGGGAACCUGGUUUGGCCGAGACUUUGCGGGAGUCGGUGCGCCUCAGCCUCCUGGAGUGUCGGUAUCAGUUCAGGAAUGAGCGCUGGAACUGCAGUCUGGACGGCCGAGGGAGCCUUCUGAAAAGAGCAUUCAAGGAGACUGCCUUCCUGCUGGCAGUGUCCUCUGCGGCGCUGACCCAUGCACUCGCCAAAGCGUGCAGCUCAGGCCGAAUGGAGAGGUGCACGUGUGACGACUCCCCUGGUAUCCAGCAUCGAGAAGCGUGGCAAUGGGGGGUGUGCGGUGACAACCUGAAAUAUAGCACCAAGUUUCUCAAGAAGUUCCUCGGCCAAAAGAGGGUCAGCAAGGACCUGAGGGCUCAGGUCGACGCCCACAACAUCAACGUUGGAAUUCGGGCAGUGAAGAGUGGGCUGAAAACAACCUGCAAGUGUCACGGAGUCUCGGGCUCUUGUGCCGUACGGACUUGCUGGAAGCAGCUGUCUCCUUUCCAUGACACAGGACGGCUGCUGAAGUAUCGAUAUGACACCGCAGUGCGAGUGCUGAGCGUCACCAACACAGCCACCGGGGAGACAGAGCUUGCUGGCCCCCGUCGCCAUGGUCAGAGCCUCCGCACUACUGACCUGGUCUACCUGGAAGACUCCCCUAGCUUCUGCAGACCUUCCCGCUACUCCCUGGGUACAGGUGGCCGGUCGUGUGCCAAAGACACCAGUUGUCAGAGUCUGUGCUGCGGACGUGGUUAUAACACAGCCAUGCGCCUUACCAGCCUGUCCUGCCACUGCCAGGUACGCUGGUGCUGCCACGUGGAGUGUCAGACGUGUGUGAGAGAGGAGGAGGUGUACACCUGCAAAAACGCAUAACAAAUGAUGAAAUAGAAGAAAUAUAGGCAGUAUGCAAAGACUUGCAUUAACACAAGACUGACAUGGCUGAACUAUAAGCUCCUAUAGACAGUUCACUGAGGGAUCUCACAUGUCUUUGCAGACCUUCACGCUGACCUGCAUGUUAUUUGGGGAGGAUUAUACACUUGUAACAUUAUAAUAUUGCUGGUUAUUUUGCUAAUCGUCACCGAUUUGAUAUGCUGCAGCUUACUGUAGGUGAGGAUGUUUUCAAACUACUCUGCUUUUCUCUCGCUGGAUGCACUGAAAUGCCACUCUUCUGGGAGGGAAACAAGCUCUUAAAACAGGUACUGGACUGGACUGGAUGUCACCAGCAGUACGACGUCAAACCCCCGUCUGCAGGGGAGCUCUGACAGUGACUUUGUUGUACUGUAAUUGCAUUGGCCCCUUCCACUUGACUAUUUAUUGGAUCAGUCAUUGUGUCAGUUGUACUGCUGCUUUAUACUUAUCCUUUUUGUAAUGGAGUGUUGCCACUGAGGCUUAAAUGGCCUUAAAAGGAAUCCACCUGUCUGUCUUACUGUCUGCUGUGUAAGGGGUUCAUUUCUGAUUCAAAAGCACUUAGGUUGCUCUUGCUAUGUAUGAUACCAAGUGUAUAAUUAAUCAUAGAACUUAGAAAAACUGUUAAGUCUAAAUAUAUGUUUAAAUAGAAUCACUGGAAACUUUGAGGGGUGGCUGAUGCCACUGUACAUUGUAACUACAUGCAUUAACAGGGUUAUUGCACAAAGAAACAAGCUGGGUUUCAGUUGCUCUUAUGGAAAUGUCUAUGGAAAUCUCUACAUCUAGCCUAAUGUGUGCUCAAAAGAACAAAGGGAAAUACACAGGGUAAUAGUAAGAGAAACACCAAACACUGUCUUUGAAAAACAAAGAAUGAAAAACACUUAAUUUCUACUUAAACAUACCAGCCCUCCUCCUUGCUUUUCCUCUAUUUAUAGAAGCACACACUAUGUUAAACUUUCUAGUUAAAACUGCCUGACUGAACCAUUUGGUCUUCAAAGUAUAAUUUAGCCACAUCUUUGUUCUAAAUGCCUUUGAAGUGGGCUAAUCAUGCUCGUUAUUUUCCCAAAUUGCUAAUCAAAGAAAAUCACCAUGUUUACUUUCUUAUCCUUGUGCAGGUCAAAAGUGCACAUCGGACCCAAAAGGUUUAUUUUAUUGGCCAGUUUAUGUUUUGUUUGAGUGAUUCUGAACUGUAUAUAUAAUAUGAAUAUAACUCAUGUCAGGGCUCCAGGCGUAUGACAAUGUGGAAUUGUAAUUUUCUACCUCACUUCAUCUUUUGGCAAAUAUCAGUAAGAUUUAUGAGCUAUGCAGAGUUAUGUCCUAUCCUUUGUGUUAAAGAUCAUAUUUUAGAUUUUUGUACAGUCCUUUUGAAUUUGGUAAUAUAUAUCUCCAUAUUUCAAAAGUAAAUGGUUUUUUUUUUAAUCUUG